AUGUGCUACGGCGAGCCCAGUUUUUCCGCUGCGGUGGCACGUCUAAACGCCAAGAAUGUGCACCGGCUCAUUCUGCUGCCGCUCUACCCACAGUACUCUGGCACGACGACAGCCGCUGCGUUUGAUGCCCUAAGUGCCGCCUUCGCCAAGCAGCCGUGGUUGCCCGAAGUGCGGACAAUCAAUCAAUACUUUGACCAGCGCGGCUAUAUCGCAGCGUUGGCUGAAUCAGUCCGAGCCCACCAACAGAGCUAUGGGCAACCCGACCAGCUGGUGAUUUCGUUUCAUGGACUACCCGAGCGCUACUGGCAUGCCGGUGACCCGUACCCCUGUCAGUGUCAGGCCACAGCAAGGCUGCUUGCCGAUCAGUUGGACCUUCAGCCAGACCAGUAUCGGGUCGCUUUCCAGUCACGGUUCGGCAAGGCCAAGUGGAUCGACCCGGCGACCGACAAAACCCUAACCGAAUUGCCCAGCCAGGGGUUCAAACAUGUCCAGGUCGUGUGCCCCGGUUUUGCUGCCGAUUGCCUGGAGACCCUUGAGGAGAUUGACCUGCAGAACCGCCAGUUUUUCCUCGCGGCCGGCGGCGAGACAUUCAGCUAUGUGCCAGCGCUCAACGACAAUGCGGCCCAUGUGGGCGCCUUGGCCGACCUGAUUGUUACCCAUGGCGCUGGCUGGCCAGAAUUUGACGGCCAAGCGGACGUGCAAGACCCCCAAGCGGCGGCAAAAGCCAGUUUUGCGCGUGCUAUUGAAGCCGGAGCUACGACCUAA